UCAAAGAUGAUGUCCGCUGCGGAUCAGUUGGAGCGCGAUCAGCCGCCCAGCCGUUGUCAGGUGGACUGCUCAGCCAACGUAGCGGCAGGGUGUAGAAACAAGGCCAACUCAGGCCAGAGGAACGGAGAGACUGCGUCAUCCUCUCCGGAGAGCGGGAGCUUGAACGGAGACGCAAAGCGAACCGGGAAAAGCCGCCGCCGCAGGAAACGCUCGUCCAACCCUGAGAGCCGACCCGAGGGGAAGGUUGAGAGCAAAGUCAAGAGUGAGGAGAAGCCGAAUAAAGCUACGACGGGCCAGAGCCAAGCGUCUGACCCCCGAGCCGCUCUGAUCGGCCUGCAGUCCGAGUGCGCCAACGUUUGGUUUGAGCGAAGCGUCUACGAGCGAGCGGAGAGUCUCUACCAGAGCCGGCUGGCGAGCUCCUCCAACUCCAAUGUGACCGCCAAGACCAACGGGUCACCUCCGUCUGCUGGGAAACACUCCAACUCUACGGCAUCCACUGCCGCCACCCAGGCUCAACCCUGUCACCACGGCAACCAGGUGGCCUGCCAUCACGUGGUACAAGACGUGUGGGUGAACAAGGCGACCUUCGACCAAGCCGAGCACCGUUUUGGCGAAGAGUCGGCGCAGCUGUCCGUCCCAAACUCUCUGGAUCUCCCGACCGCGUCCAACCGCUCCAACACACCGAGGACCCCAGAUGAAGGGUACCAAUCUCUCGCCCCGACUCCCGCAACUCCCGCGACCCCCGUCACCCAGCAGGCAGCGGUCACGCCGACUAAUCGGCAGUCGAUUAACGGACUGCCCCGCAUCCCGGUGGGGCUUCUCAGAGGGGUUUGGUUAGAGAAGCCGCUGUACGACCGAGCCGAAGCAGCCUUCUACCAAAAUCUCUACGGCAACAACUCGUCCUCCAAGAGAUCCAGCUGCGCCUCCGCCUCCAGAAGUAGCGACCCGCCUCAAAGCCUUGUAGAAGAAGAAGAGGAGGAGGAGGAAGAGGCGGCGGAGGGGGGAAAAGGAGCAGGCGCGCAGGGUAAAGCAGCGGACGUCUUCCACGCUCUGCACCCGAUCCAGGAGGAAGAGGAGGGGGAGCCAGCGGGGGCGGCAGCAGCAGCGGCGGCAGCGAUGGAGACCCCCGAGAAAAAAGGCGGCGCAUCGGGGUCGGGACUCUGCUACUUCCUCCACCCGGACAGCGAGCGGGUGUGGCUGGACAAGUGGCGGUACGAUGCUGCGGAGAGCCGUUUCCACGGUUACAGUGGGAGCGAAGCCCCGGCGGCGAAGGGGAAGGCGAAGGGUCGGAGGCCGGAAGCGGACGCCUCAUCUGUUGCCUCCGCCGCCCCACUGAGGGACAAGUAUGACCAAAAGCCGGAGAACGGAGCCGCUUCAGUUCCUCUUUCAUCCUUUUUUUUUUUAAAGAUGAGCACCCUCGACUUUCUAGCCCAGGAGAAGAUCUGGUUUGAUAAACCACGUUACGACGAGGCCGAGAGACGCUUCUACGAGCGAAUGAACGGCACCACAGAAUCAACGCAGGAUGUCGGAUCCAACUCCAUCCUGCAAGACAUUGCUCGGGCUCGGGAGAACAUCCAGAAGUCUCUAGCAGGACUGAAGACUACACUGUGUAACAGAAGGUCUGAUCAGCGUUCCCUGAGCCAACAAUCCCAGUUCAGCACCACCAGCAGCAGCCCAGCUGAUCAAGGAGAAAUCAUCUCUCGCAUCAAGAGCCUGGAGCUGGAGAACAACAGCUUAAACAAAGUGGUGGAGGACUUGAGGGCCGCACUAUCCAAACUGGAAUGUCGAGUAGCAGUUUUGGAGAAAUCACCCGCAACUGUAACUCCUGCAGCUGCUCCGGCUCCUGCAGUCCCCUACACAAACGGCACUACCGUCCAGCAGAAAACCAGCAAACCAGUUGACGACGAUGAGGAGGAGGAUGAUGAUGACGAUAUUGACCUGUUCGGCAGCGACGAAGACGACGAAGAGGCAGAUAAACUCAAAGAGCAGAGGUUGAAAGAGUACGCAGAGAAGAAAGCCAAGAAGCCCGGCCUCAUCGCCAAGUCCUCGAUCUUACUGGAUGUCAAACCUUGGGAUGAUGAGACGGACAUGGCGAAGCUUGAGGAGUGUGUGCGCUCGGUGCAGGCUGACGGUCUCUUAUGGGGGACGUCCAAACUGGUUCCCGUGGGUUACGGCAUCAAGAAGCUCCAGAUCGCCUGCGUGGUGGAAGACGACAAGGUGGGAACGGACCUGCUGGAGGAGGAGAUCACCAAGUUUGAAGACUACAUCCAGAGUGUGGAUGUAGCAGCGUUCAAUAAGAUCUGAUCCCAGUACGUCUCGUCCUGUCUGUCGUCACGCCUCGUUUCUCUGCUGAUUGUGUCAACGGUUAAUAAUAAUGAU